AUGCAGGCAGCGCAAGCUUCAAACCCCGACAGCCAUUGCACCUUGAACCUGGAUGCUCUGAUUGUUGGCUCAGGGUUUUCCGGCAUCUACCUCCUCCACAAGCUACGCGACGAGCUGGGGCUGAACGUCAAAGUAUUCGAAGCAGAGGCCGACAUUGGCGGAACAUGGAACAAUAACCGCUACCCGGGUGCAAGAGUCGACUGUCCAAUCCCCCUGUACGCAUAUUCAUUGCCCAAGGUGUGGCAGUCCUGGACUUGGACGGAGCUAUACCCUGGCCAGAAGGAAAUAAAGGCCUACUUUGACCAUGUUGAUCGCGUGCUGGGUGUGCGGAAGGAUUGUCUGUUUGAGUCUAUGGUCAACGGGGGCACGUUCGAUCCGUCGGCCGAUCGAUGGACGGUUCGAACUGCUGAUGGGAAGGUUGCGACGGCCAAGUAUCUGAUUGUGGCCGUGGGCUUUGCUUCGAAAUCGUACUUGCCAGAUUGGAAAGGGCUGCACUCGUUCCAGGGGACGAUUUACCACUCGGCUCACUGGCCGGAAACAGAAGAAGUCAACGUUAGAGGGAAGAAAGUGGCAGUCAUUGGAACAGGCUCGACAGGCAUCCAGAUUUUCCAAGAGUGGGCCAAGGUCGCGGAAGAAGCGUUUCUCUUCCAGAGGACGCCAAACCUCUGCCUACCCAUGAGGCAGCAGGAAUUGGAUGCGAGUCAGCAGGCGAAAGACAAAAGGGGGUAUACAAGCUAUCUGGCCGAGUGUGCGGCAACCUUUGGCGGGCUAGAUUACCAGCCAACCCCCAAGAAUACGUUUGAUGCUUCCGAAGAGGAGAGGCAGGCGUUCUGGGAGAGCCUCUAUCAACUGGGCGGGUUUAGACUCUGGCAAAACAACUACCAGGACUUCGUUACCAGCCUUUCUGCCAACCGCGAGGCAUACGACUUCUGGGCCCGGAAGACACGCGAGAGAAUCCAUGAUCCUAAGAAGCGAGACCUUUUGGCUCCAUUAGAGCCCCCACACCCAUUUGGAGCCAAACGACCAUCUCUCGAACAGGACUUCUACGAGCAGUUCAACAAGUCGAAUGUCCAUAUUGUUGAUACGAAGAGCCACCCGAUUGUCGCGGUCACACCUACUGGGAUUGCCACCUCCGACGGAAGGAUCCACGAAGUCGAUAUCAUCGCCGUGGCAACUGGAUUUGAUGCAGUAACUGGGGGCCUGCUGCGCAUGGGUCUCAGAGACAACAACGGAGUUGGUCUCGACGAACGCUGGAAAGACGGCAUGUCCACCUAUCUCGGCAUGGCCAUUAGCGGGUUUCCAAACAUGUUCCUCCCAUAUAGCCUUCAGGCGCCAACUGCUUUUGCAAAUGGGCCCUCUCUGAUCGAGCUUCAGGGAGACUGGAUCGCAAACUUGAUUAGCAAGAUGGAGAAGGAAAAAGUCCAGAGUGUCGUCGCUACUCCCGAAGCUGAGAGUGCUUGGAAUGACGAGGUCAAUGCGAUUACAAACAUGACACUUUUGCCGUUGGCUGAAUCGUGGUAUAUGGGAUCCAAUAUUCCGGGCAAGCCAGUUCAGUCGCUGAACUACCUUGGCGGUCUUCCCACCUAUCGAGACAAAUGUGCGCGGGUUCUUCAGGAGGACUUUUAUGGUUUUUGGAAAGCAUGA